GAAGCCAACAUGACUGAGAGUGUAGACCGUCGAUUCCACAAUCUGACAAUGGAGCAAAUUCAAACUUUGAAUCAAGUGCUAACAGAAGUAAUACCAAUACACGGAAGAGGGAAUUUUCCUACUCUGGAGGUGAAACCCAAAGAUAUAAUUCAUAUGGUGAAAGACAGACUAAUCGAAAAGAAGAUUACUGUCCGUGAUGUUAGGCUAAAUGGAUCUACUGCCAGUCAUGUCUUGGUCAAGGAGAAUGGGACCAGCUACAAAGAUUUGGAUAUUAUUUUUGGUGUAGAGCUACCCAAAGAGGAAGACUUCCAAAUUGUGAAAGAUGUUGUCUUAGAUUGCUUAUUAGACUUCUUGCCAAGGUGCGUUAAUAAAGAAAAAAUUACAGCACUUACCAUGAAGGAGGCUUAUGUCCAGAAGAUGGUAAAAGUUUUCACAGAACACGACCGUUGGAGUUUGAUCUCACUUUCUAACAACAGUGGAAAGAAUGUGGAGCUUAAAUUUGUUAACUCUUUGCGACGUCAAUUUGAGUUCAGUGUGGAUUCCUUCCAAAUCAUUCUCGAUCGUAUAUUGGAAUCCUAUCGAGAGUUGGAGAAAAUAAAGGCAGAAAAAGCAGCUAUAAAGCAGACCAGUAACCUAUCAACCAAGGUUCAGAAAGCAGACUUGCAAGAUGAUACAUGUAACACUCAGACCAAUGACAAAUUACAAAUCUGUGAAAAGCUCUCAAACAAUCAGGUCAGAGAUUUUAGAGACAACAAAGAAAAAGAACCCAAAGACAAGGGAUUAAAUGACUUGGGCACACCACUAGCUAAUAAUACACACUCAGAAAGCUGCAGUGCGGACACCCUGUCCGAAAAAGUAGAAUUAUUACCCCAGAGCCCAGGAUUAUUAACUAAAAAUGAUGUAUUGACAGCAAAUGGGGAAGAAUUGCCAGAGAAGGUACUUGAAUCAAUCUUGGAGGUAGACUGUUCAAAUAAAAUGGAAAAUAAAUCGACAAGCAAGGAGGAAAUGUGCGAACAGAAUGUAUUGGACAGAAAAAAAUUAUCUACCACCCAAAAGGAAUCUCCAUGCCUAGAAAAAAAGAUAAUUCCUGCCAAAAAACUGCUUGCCACAAAAAAGGAAGUACUUGCACAAAACAAAGAUGUAAAAAAGACACUCUCUAACAAGAAGCAAUCACAGGAUUCAGAGGCGAAACUGGUUGAUGUUGCUAAAGCCUGUGUCUCAAAAAAUGAUUUGGAAUUACAAGAUGAAAAGUCAGCUAAGGUUAAAAAGUCACCUACUCCAAAAAAAGAAUCUCAAAUACAGGAUGAACAGCAUUUUCAGAAUAAAAUAUUGGCUAUUGAAAAAAAUGAACUGCAAGCCCAAGAUGUAAAGCUAGAUCAGGUCCAGCCAGAGCCCGUAGCACAAACAGAACUGUACACCCAAGGUGAGCUACUAACACAAGUUAAAAAACUGCCUGCCCCAAAGAAUGAAAUGGCAAGCCAAGAAGAAAAGCAAGUCAACAAAACAUCAGCCACUAGGAAAGAGCCUGAAAUCGGAAAGGAACAGCCAGCUCAGGUCAAAAAACUUCCCUUGUCCAAAAAAGAAUCUCUUACUCAAGAUGAACAGGUAGCUCAGGUCAAAAAAACACCUACCGUAAAGAAGGAACUUCAGACACAUAAAGAAGAAAUAGCUCAGGUGAAGAAAAUACCUACCACGAAGAAGGAGUUGCAGCCUCAAGAAGAUAAUGUCAAAACGUCAUCACCCACAAGGAAAAAUGGUCAGGUUAAAGAAGAUAAAAACACUCAGGUAAAUAAACCACCCACGAAGCAGAAGGAAUCAACAACCAAUGAUGACACUGGGUCAUCUCAGGUUACACAAACGGAACCAGCAAAUCAACAACAACAGUGCAUUUUGGAUGAAAAGAUACCAGUUAUUUCAAUUAACGAUAGUGAAUUUGUAAAAGAAGUAGAAGCAGAGUCCCAGAAAUUAGCGAAGAAAGAUAAAGUAGUUGAACAGGCACAAACCUGUUCAGUAGAGCAUCAGGAAUUAAUAGAUGAGCCUAUUGAAUUGUUGGCUGAGGCAAGAGGAACAGCAUAUGAAACUACAAAAAUAAUAACUGCCUCCAUUGAGAACCCAACUGCCGAUCUGCUGUCUGUUACUGUUGUGGCAGAAAGUAUGUAUGGUGACUUUGAGCAGGCCAUGGACCACCUUCGUUACAGACUUAUUGCGACACGUAAUCCUGAGGAGAUCCGUGGUGGUGGACUCCUGAAAUACAGCAACCUUCUGGUCAGAGAGUUUAGGCCAGCCAGCGAAACAGAAAUCAAAACUUUAGAACGUUACAUGUGCUCUCGUUUCUUUAUUGACUUUCCUGACGUCAAUGAACAGCAACGCAAGAUUGAGUCUUACCUUCGUAAUCAUUUCAUUGGGGAGGAAAAAAGCAAGUAUGACUACCUAAUGACCUUGAGACGGGUAGUCAAUGAGAGCACUGUCUGCCUUAUGGGGCAUGAGAGGCGACAGACUCUUAAUAUGAUUACAAUUUUGGCUCUUAAAGUACUUGGUGAACAGAAUAUCAUUCCAAACACAGCCAAUGUUACUUGUUAUUACCAGCCGGCUCCAUACAUAAGUGAUCGCAACUUCAGUAAUUAUUAUAUAGCCCAUGGGCAACCUCCCAUCAUUUAUCACCCCUACCCUCUGCAUAUUCAUAUGCAGACUGGCCUUGUAUAGAAAUGAAAAAAAAAACAAACACGGCAUACAUAUUAAAAUUGACAUGUGUGAGCUAAAUACAUAUAUAAAUAGAUAGACAAAAUUCAGGCCGAUACAUCACUGUCCUGGAUUUCUUGCCAACCAAACAAAACAGUGGUCAACAGUGCAUCAACUGCACGUCUGGGCCUCCUUCUGAAAAGCCAGAUUGAUUUGCUUCAGACACAGGGCCAGCCAAGUUGUAGAUUGCUGGCAACAAUAGUGAGAGUGAUCACGAUAAAAACGCAGAAGAUCGGAUACUGAGGCUUAUGAGAAUGAUUACUCCAAUGGCCUGUGGAGAGCCGUUCUACUUAAAACCAUCCAGAUCUUUAAAGCUUCUGCUCACAAAUUUUGAUUAGGAAAUAUAUUCCUUUCAAAAUACUGUCAGUGUGGCACAGUUCCACAUAACCUAUUUUUAAGGUAUAUAACGGAAAUUUCAUUAAGUUUAAACAUGUUGGCUGUUCAGUCAACUAAAAAGAGUUGCGUAAUACCUGCUGCCAUUCAU